AUGGCAUUUCACGUCGCUUGCCCAAUUACAUGCCGCCGAAUCUGCGACUGUCCGCUAGGGUUUCCUCGCACUCUCGCCACCGACAAUGCCAAGACCUUGUUCCUCCAAGACGUGCUUCGAGUCCACGACUUUCUCAUCGAUCCCACCGGAAUUAGGGCUCGCGACGAAGGCAAAACCGUCCAGGUCGCCGUUCCGAGAGUUGCGCCGCCGCCUCCUCCUCCUCAGCCGGUUCUCCCAUCGAUCGUCGGUGAUGUUGCCGUUGUUGUUGAUGAUGAGUCGGCGGCCGCGGCCUCCGCUCAGGCCAAGAGGGCCGCGCUCCAGCGCAAGGCUGCAGCAGAUAUGGUCGCGGCGGAGGACUUCGUUCGGCGAUUCGAGUCCGGUUAUUUGUCGGAUACCUCAAGAGGCGUUGUGCGAGAAGAACAGGCUCAGUCCAAUGUCAAUGUCAUGUGCCGGAUAUGUUUUUGUGGUGAAAACGAAGGAAGUGAGAGAGCAAGAAGGAUGCUUCCAUGCAAAACCUGUGGCAAGAAGUACCACAGGAACUGCAUAAAAGUCUGGUCUCAACACAGAGAUCUAUUUCACUGGAGUUCAUGGACAUGCCCCUUGUGCCGAAUUUGUGAGGUAUGCCGAAGAACAGGAGAUCCAAACAAGCUUAUGUUCUGCAAGAGGUGUGAUGGUGCUUACCAUUGUUACUGCCAGCAUCCUUCACACAAGAAUGUUUCUCCUGGACCUUAUGUGUGCCCAAAACAUACACAGUGUCACAGCUGUGGGUCAAAAGUCCCAGGAAAUGGCUUAAGUGUAAGGUGGUUUCUGGGAUAUACUUGCUGUGAUGCGUGUGGAAGAUUAUUUGCAAAGGGGAAUUAUUGUCCUGUUUGCUUGAAGGUUUAUAGAGAUUCAGAAUCAACACCAAUGGUUUGCUGUGAUAUUUGCCAGCGCUGGGUGCAUUGCCAAUGUGAUGGAAUCAGUGACGAGAGAUAUCAGCAGUAUCAGUUAGAUGGAAAUCUCCAGUACAAAUGUGCCACGUGUCGUGGAGAGUGCUACCAGGUCAAGAAUAAUGAGGAUGCUGUGAAAGAGCUUUGGAGGAGAAAAGACGCUGCUGAUAAAGAUUUAAUUUAUAGUUUGAGGGCUGCCGCUGGGCUGCCAACUCAAGAAGAAAUAUUUUCUAUUUCACCCUUCUCUGAGGAUGAAGAAAAUGGCCCUCAAAUAUUAAAGAAUGAACUUGGGCGUCAAUUAAAAUUAUCUGUCAAAGGGUUAGUUGAUAAGUCACCAAAAAAGACCAAGGACAGCGGAAAGAAAUCUUUAAAUAAAGUGUCUGCUAAGAAGAAGGAACAACAGGAUUUCUUAAUUGGUACAACCGAAGUGAACCAGAGUUUUGGUGGACAUGAUGAUUCACAGUCAUUUGGAUCUAGCUUGGGCUAUGACAAGAAUGAUGAGAUGCAGUCCUACAAAAAUGCAGAACCAGACGUAUAUUUUCACCCGUCGCUGGAAGUAUGGGCCACACCAAAGAGAUUUGUUCUGUCAACGAGCCAGGUGUUUUGA